AUGUCGUCUCAAAAUUCCCUGCCAUCAGUUACUACCAAGACAGUACCGGGCCCUGCCCCCAAUGGCAUGGGUAAUGGUUUGUUCGCGACCGAAGAUAUUAAGGUUGGCGGGGAUGUCGUCCACGCUCAAACGCCUUUCGUUGCGGUUCUGGAUUCCUCACGUCUGGACGAUACCUGCUCCGGGUGUUUCGGUAAACGGCAGAUGCAGGAAGGGAAUGCGGAUUUGAAAGCUUGCACUGGAUGUCGGGUGGUUCGGUAUUGUGAUCGGACCUGCCAAUCUAAAGAUUGGAAGUUUGCUCAUUCCAUGGAAUGUAAAAUCUUCCAGAAGCUGCAGCCUCAGAUCUUGCCCAACAAUGCUCGUGCUUUAUUGCGCAUGGUCUUGCGCACUGGGAAGGGCAAAUACUCUCCCCAGGAGUUGGGUGUCUUCUCCAAUCUAGAGACACAUAUCGCCGAUAUUCAGAAGAAUGAGACUCAGAUGGAGCGUGUUUCCCUCACAACCAAAGCUGUUAAAAAUUAUUCUGAAACCGAUAUGACCGAGGAAGCUAUUUCUGCCUACGCCGCCCGGCUGGAUCUGAAUUCUUUCAACCUCACAACAGCUCUAUACGACCGCAUCGGUCUCUAUCUCCACCCAUACGCAGCUCUGAUCAACCACAGCUGUGACUACAACGCGACAGUCGGCUUCGAUGGCGAAGAGCUCUACGUCAAAGCUCUCAAGCCAAUAAAGAAGGGCGAACAAGUCUUUAUCUCCUACAUCGACACUACCACCCCCUGCCACGUCCGCCGUGGCGAGCUCUCAGAGCGCUACUUCUUCACAUGCGAGUGCACGAAAUGUGUGAACGCCCCGGAAAGCGAAACCCUCUCCACAGCCGGAAAGGACGACCCAACAGCACUGGUCGACGUAGCCGAGCGCGAAGCUCUCCAGCUCCUCCAAUCAGCCUCGAACGAAACCCCGCAAGAGGCAAUCAAAUCCUUAACUUCAGCUCUGAAUCGUCUGGCCUCUCACCCGAACUGGCCUUUAACCCGUCAACCAUACCCCCAACUCAGAGAUCAGCUUAUUCUCUCCUAUCUCGCAACCAACAAUUUCAGUGCCGCAUUCAUCCACGCUGCUAUCCGUUAUCUACGGGUUGAUCCCGUGCUCUACAGCCCCGCACAUCCGAUUCGACACCUCCACGCGUGGAUCCUAGCCAAACUAGCCAUAUAUCUCUCGCAGAGUUUCGAGACUAGUCCGCUGGAUCCGGUGCGACUGGAGGACUACGGGAUUAACUUCCAUUUCGUGCUUUGGUAUGUACUUGCUGAUCUGGCGAGUCGCCAAAUGGACAGUUGUACUGUGCCUGGAUUUAGGAGACUUGUUGGGGCCAAUUUUAGGCAGGUUAAUGAGCAGUUUCAAGCGCAAGGCAUUGAUCUUAGUAAGAAUGCGCAGGCUAAGGGGAUGCUUGCUGAGGCUUGGAAGAAGCUUGAGAAGGUUGUUGAGGUUGCUCUGGAGAGGGAGUAG